AUGCGUGUUGCGUCGGUUGUCGUCUUCCUCGUCAGGACCAAAGCCCACGUGGGGAAUCGCCAGUGGAGAAUUCAUCGCAAAUUGGCAAUCAAGCUGUUCGAUACUUGUGCAUCAUACACACCGUUCCACUCAUUAUUCUUCAGAACUCUCUCACAAAUCAACAUGGAAAGUGAUAAUAAUAACUUCUCUACCAUACCGUCUUCUUCUUCUUCUUCAUCGUCAACGUCAACAUCAUCACCAACAGUGUCUUGUUUGAAAUUCAAGCAUGAUGAUCAGUCUGAAGGUGAUCAUCUGAAUGAUAAGCACAAGAUCGUGAGCAAGAAGAAGAGACAGAGAAGUGAAAGUGACGAUAAUGAUGAAGGGAAUAAGCAUUCUACUUACAGGGGUGUGAGAAUGAGAGCUUGGGGAAAAUGGGUUUCUGAGAUUCGUGAGCCCAGAAAGAAGUCAAGAAUAUGGCUCGGAACAUAUUCUACUGCAGAAAUGGCGGCUCGAGCCCAUGAUGUAGCUGCUUUAGCCAUCAAAGGUCAGUCGGCUUACCUUAAUUUCCCCGAACUGGCUCCUCAACUUCCCCUCCCGGCCAGCACGGCUCCCAAGGACAUCCAGGCCGCGGCUGCAAAGGCGGCAGCCACCUUCUGUCAAGCCGAGGCAGAAGCCGGCGGAGCAUCUGAGCCGAGCCGAGGAGAGCAAGCCACGUCGUCGUCAUCUUCUUCUUCAAGCUCUGUUCCUGAUGACGAUGAAGACACGUUCUUUAAUCUUCCAGAUCUCUUCACUGAUGGGAACAUUAAUGGAGUCUGCUCAUAUUUUUCUUGGAAUUUAUGUGCUGUAGCCGAUAGUGGGUUCAAGCUUGAUUAUGAGCCAUUUUUGUGGGAAAGAUAUUACUAGAGAUCAAUGUUAUUUGUAAAAUAAUAAUAAUAAUAAUGCAAAAAAGAAGCAUUAAUUCGGGAUUUUGAGUCGUGUAUAUUUCAUCAUUGUAUUUUCCAGACAUAACGUGGCUGAGGGAAAAGGAAUCAAUUUUACAAUGUUUAUGUCUGAAUGUUUAAUGAAUGAAUGUUGUUCUUUGUUGCUUUC